AUGGACACACCCCCUCCCUGUGCUAUCCUCCCAUGGACACACCCCCUCCAUGUGCUGCUCCCCCAUGGACAUACCCCCUCCCUGUGCUGCUCCCCCAUGGACAUACCCCCCCUGUGCUGCUCCCCCAUGGACAUACCCCUCCCUGUGCUGCUCCCCCAUGGACAUACUCCCUCCCUGUGCUGCUCCCCCAUGGACAUACCCCCUCCCUGUGCUGCUCCCCCAUGGACACACCCUCCCUGCGCUGCUCCCCCAUGGACACACCCCUCCCUCUCCCAUGGACACACCCCUCCCUGCGCUGCUCCCCCAUGGACAUACCCCUCCCUGUGCUGCUCCCCCAUGGACAUACCCCCUCCCUGUGCUGCUCCCCCAUGGACAUACUCCCUCCCUGUGCUGCUCCCCCAUGGACACACCCCCCCUGCGCUGCUCCCCCAUGGACACACCCCCUCCCUGCGCUGCUCCCCCAUGGACACACCCCCUCCCUGUGCUAUUCUCCCAUGGACACACCCCCUGUGCUAUUCUCCCAUGAACACCCCCUCCUGUGCUAUUCUCCCAUGGACACACCCCUCCCUGAGCUAUUAUCCCAUGGAAACACCCCCUCCCUGUGCUGCUCCCCCAUGGACAUACCCCCUCCCUGUGCUGCUCCCCCAUGGACACACCCCCUCCCUGCGCUGCUCCCCCAUGGACACACCCCCUCCCUGUGCUAUUCUCCCAUGGACACACCCCUCCCUGCGCUGCUCCCCCAUGGACAUACCCCCUCCCUGUGCUGCUCCCCCAUGGACAUACCCCUCCCUGUGCUGCUCCCCCAUGGACAUACUCCCUCCCUGUGCUGCUCCCCCAUGGACACACCCCUCCCUGCGCUGCUCCCCCAUGGACACACCCCUCCCUGCGCUGCUCCCCCAUGGACACACCCCCUCCCUGUGCUAUUCUCCCAUGGACACACCCCCUGUGCUAUUCUCCCAUGAACACCCCCUCCUGUGCUAUUCUCCCAUGGACACACCCCCUCCCUGA